CGGGUGGAGAGGCAGUACCUGGCUCGGCCCAGCAUCAGUCAGUCGCGCAUUUUGAUUUUUACAGGUCGUGUCCCUGCGCGGCAGAGACAAAGGAUUACCGUCUAAAAGAACAAGAUGCAGUGGGCGUGGUUGGCACUGGGAGCAGUCCUGGUGGGCACUGUGGCGGGACAGGAGCAGCCUAAGGUAGUGACACCGUGGGGCACCUUCCUGGGCAGCGUCCACACAUCGGCGAGGCAAGGACGCCAGGUCUACGCUUUCACGGGUAUUCCGUUUGCUAAACCGCCUGUGGGAGACCUGAGAUUUAAGAAUCCAGUUCCCUAUGGAGUCCAUUCAACGCCCUUCAACGCCACAGGGAAUUCUCCAGAGUGCAUCCAAUGGGACAACCUCAGAGGACGUGGUUCCGUGGGCCAGGAAGAUUGCCUAUAUCUCAACGUCUACACCAAUACGAUCCCGCAGCCGCCAGAGUAUUUUAACACGCAGCCCACCAUCGUGUUUCUCCAUGGUGGCACGUGGAUGGCAGGCGGUGGUGGCGAUGGCCUUUUCCAGCCCGACUACCUGAUUGAGAGUGAUGUCACGCGCUGCUGCACCGCGCCAUAUCCCACAGCGGAACUGCCUACAGCCCGCACGCCAUCUCGAGGGACGCCCGGGCGCAGGCACUCAAGCUGGGCCUUCGGCUGGGCUGCCCGACGACCACCUCCGCCGAACUCAUUACCUGCCUUAAGAGCCUCCCGGCUGAGAAGAUCGUCGACCAGAUCCCCAUGUUGCAUGCGUGGGACGAGGAGCCAAUGCCCUUCGGACCCGUCAUCGACAAGUGGAUGGGCAGUAACGCCUUCCUCCCCGACGAGCCUUUCCACCUCAUCAAGCACCGGGACUUCCUGCAGGUGCCGUGGCUCGUGGGCACCAACAAGGAGGACGGCGCCUUUAGGGUUCAAGAUAUCUUGAAGGACCCCAGUUUAACUUACCAGCUGAACACUGAGUGGGAUAAAUAUGGCCCAAUCCUGCUCGACCUGAAGCCGUCCUCCUGCAAGGACCCCGUCGACAUGGCCAAAAAGAUUCGCAGUUACUACCUUGGUAAAAAGAAGUUCGGGGAAGAAACGUCCAAGGAAUUUGUCGAGAUGAUGACAGACCGGUUCUUCGUAUAUCCAACGGAUCGAGCUUCAAAGGAUUAUUCGUACUAUGUCAAGAAGUACAUUGUUUAUCGCUACGAACUUGUCUUCAGCGGCCGCAAGUCCUUCUUGGACAUCCUACACAAGGAGAACCCACAGGAUGCUGCUAGUUCUCUCCUGGGCGCCGCCAACCCAAGAUUCCAGAACACUCGCGGGGCGCAUGGCUGGGGAGUCAGUUUCCUGGAUGAGCUCCUCUACUUGUUCCCUUCCAGCAAACUCGACUUUAUUUACAAGCAGGAGUUCGAGGGAGAUUCCGCCUCGAAGGUGUCCACUCAUAUGCUUAUGCUGUGGACCAACUUCGUCAAGGGAAGCGACCCAACACCCAUGCUCAAGGGCUGGCCCGAAGACGUAUCCCCCUGGGGCGCGUGGUGGGAGCCCUUCGUCAAGGGUUACCUGUACUACCUGAGGAUCGACCCGGAGAUGGACAGCCAGGAGGUCCCCCUGAGGGAAGAGCAGAUGGCGUUCUGGGACAGCCUUCCGCUCUUCGAAAACAGGGACCAGAACGUCAUUAGGGAUGAGCUGUGAGAAGGGGUGUGGGUGAAU